AUGGGAGAAACAGAACUUUGCUGCCACAAACCAUUGUAUCCUCAUAACCAGCUGCUCGUGCUGCCUUUUGUCUUCGUGCUUUUUUUCCCUCCAUUUUCUUCGAGUUUUUCUUUCGACUUUUAUGCCACGUCAUGCCCGGCUGCUGAGAUGAUGGUGAAAAAUACCGUCCGAUCGGCUUCCGAUUUGGAUCCAACGGUUCCCGGAAAGCUCCUUCGCUUGCUUUUCCACGACUGCUUUAUUGAGGGCUGUGACGGAUCUGUGUUAUUACAAGGAAAUCGAACCGAAACAAGCGAUCCAGCAAACAAAUCUCUAGGAGGAUUUUCAGUGAUCGACUCGGCUAAACGAGUGCUCGAAAUUUUUUGCCCCCAAAUAGUGUCUUGUGCUGAUAUACUUGCAUUGGCCGCUAGGGACGCCGUUGAAUUUGCGGGCGGACCUAAUGUUAAGAUCCCGACUGGGAGGAAAGACGGUAAAAUUUCUGUCGCUGCAAAUGUCAGACCGAACAUUAUCGACACGAGUUUCACGUUAGAUGAGAUGGAUAAGGUUUUCUCUGCCAAGGGAUUAUCAAUGGAUGACCUCGUUACUCUUUCAGGAGCACACACAAUUGGAAGAUCUCAUUGCAACUCAUUCAACGACAGAUUCAAGCUCGACUCUAACGGAAACCUCACACUGAUUGACUCGUCCUUGGACCGACAAUACGCAUCCCAACUCACGAAAGUGUGCCCGGCUGGCGCCAGUGAUGAUUCAAUCACGGUCGAAAACGACCCUGUUUCACCACAGCAGUUUGACAACAAUUACUACAAGAUUCUGUUGGAACACAGGGGACUUUUCCAGUCAGAUUCCGCGUUGCUUAACGAUGGAAAGAGACACAAACUGGAGGAGAAGUCUAAUAAAGGCAUAUUCCUCGGCUAUAGCUCUCAAUAUAAAGGCUACAAAAUUUACAUCCUCAAGACUGGUAAACUAAUUAUCAGUCGAGAUGUUGAGUUCGAUGAAAAUGGUGCGUGGAACUGGGAGGAAGAAAAAGUCGAAUACCAAAAUAUCAUGGUACCUACAUGGCGGAGGCAAAAUACCAUACCAAAAGAACGCGAAGAUGAAACAGAAGGUACACAAUCACCUCCAGCUCCACAACCUUCGAGUCCGAGGACAACAAUACCAUCAACUGACGAACUGUCAUCCCCAGAAUCACCACCGAGAAAAGUACGAACACUCAGGGAGAUCUACGAGACAUGCAAUUUUACCACCAUGGAACCUGAAAGCUUCGAAGCAGCAGUAAAGGAAAAGGAAUGGGUAAAAGCCAUGGAAGAAGAAAUCAAGAUGAUCGAAAAGAAUAAAACUUGGGAGUUAGUCGAUCUACCGAACAACAAGGAAGUCAUUGGAGUUAAGUGGGUUUACAAGACGAAGCUUAACCCAGAUGACUCAAUCCAAAAGCAUAAAGCACGACUGGUCGCUGAAGGGUGCUCACAACUUCCCGGGAUCGACUACAAUGAGACCUUCGCUCCUGUUGCUCGGCUAGACACUAUAAGAGCUCUAACCUCACUUGCAGCUAAGAAGAAAUGGAGAAUCUACCAGCUUGAUGUCAAGUCAGCAUUUCUCAAUGUCUAUUUAGAAGAGGAGAUCUAUGUCGAACAACCUCAAGGAGUACUUGUCCCAUUUAUAUACAAGUAA